AUGAUACAACUGCAAUGGCUGCUAUUCCUGUUUUUAUUUUCCAACUCAGAGGGAGCUAAGAUACUUGUAACUGCCCCAUUUCCGGGUAGUCACUAUUUUGCCUUGUCAGAUAUUGGACAUCUACUCGCCAAACAGGGACACGAAAUAACUUUUGUAUCUCUAAUAAUUGAUGAUCGUCAUACUAUUCAGCACGAAAACUUCAAGCUGAUACCACCAUUCUGGGAAAUUUUGACUGCAACAGAAUUUGAUGAGAUAGCUUAUGCAUGUGUGGCCGAUGUAAUAAACUCAGGGAGAGACGAGUUCAUGUACACAGAUACUAUGGUUUCAAACUAUGUGUGUAGAAUAGGUUGGAAAAGGCUCUAUCGCAUGUUCAUCGACUAUUACACUAGUGAUCAAUUCUUAGCCUUGAUAGAAAAAGAAAAAUUUGAUCUUAUUAUUGCUGAGGAACGAACUGCUCUUCCAAUUCUUGCAGUGACUAAUGAUGAUGACAUUCCACUAGCUGCCUACAUUCCAGAGGUUGAGUACAGCAAAACAAGAGAGGUUCAAAAUCUUCCCAUGUUUCUCUGCAGCGAACCUGGUCUGGCAAUUCAAGUUUUCAAUGGAGAAAAACCAGGAUUUUGGAAGAGAUUCUAUGCUAUGUAUAACCUGGUUUCCGGCGGAGCAAUGUUGACAUCUGCUAUUGAGGAUAUGUUGGAACCGACUUAUGAAAAACAUGGCGUUAAAUCAACUCAAUCCUUAAACGACAGAAUACAGCUUUUCAUUUUGAAUGAUCAUCCAGCAUUUUCAUUCCCAUAUCAAGUUGCUAAUAAUGUGGUUCAAGUAGGAGGUUCAAGUUUGAAAGAAGGACAACCACUUCAAGGUGAUGUAAAAGAAUUUGUUGAAAAACAAACGGCCCCUAUUGUUCUUGUAUCAAUGGGAACAUACACUGAUCUCACAUGGUUGAAAUGGCACACCACCUUGCUUGAGGUACUAGAAGAAAGCAAUUUAAGUGUUAUUCUGAAAGUCCGCACAGAAACUCAACACAAACUCCCUGCACUUUCAACCAAGUUCUAUCUCUCAUCCUGGAUCCCCCAACGAGACCUAUUGGCUAGUGGAGUUAUCAAACUCUUCAUAUCACAUUGUGGGAACAAUGGUAAAAUUGAAACAAUAUAUUACCAGGUUCCAGUGUUGUGUACUCCUGUAUUUGCAGAACAGGCUCUUAAUGGUGAGUCCGUUCAAUACAGAGGUUUUGGAGAAAUGAUUCUUCCUAACAAAAUGACAAAGGAAAUCCUGAAGCAAGUACUUGAUAAAAUGAUAAAAGAAAAUGAUUCAUAUCGCGUUGAGAUGUCUAAAGCAGUCGACAUCUUUACAACGGAGCCAGCUGAUGGAAAAGAAAAAUUGCUAUAUAACUUAAACUUGCUGUUAAAGUAUAGAAACUUGGACUACUUGGUCAACCAGAUUAUCAAACAGCAGAAUUUCUUAGAGAUGUACCAUUUAGACAUUAUAGGUUUUGUCCUUCUUAUCGCAAUAUUUGUUUCGUAUAUACUCUCCAGAAUUAUUUACUGUGGGUUUGUAAUGGUUUUUUGUAAAUCUCGUCAAAAACAAGAUUAGUCGAAAACGUUUUAGUUAAAUGUUCUGUAUUUUAUGUUUAUUUUAUGCUCAAUUGAUUGGCAAGAUGCUAUAAUUCCGAACAAAAUAUUUUACUUCAUAAGACAGGCAUACUUUUUAUUCAUCUUUGAUCUGAUUGUUAUGAUUAGGAGAAAGUUCGAAAUUGUGUGUCAUUUUUCUCUAAUUUAUUAUGCUAUCAAUCUUUAUAUCUGCAUGUUAAUUAAUUAUCAAUAUUUGAUGAGCUUAAUAUAUUUAAUUUAUUUACAAUGAAUGUUUACAACCUGCGGCCAGGGAGCAAUUCUAUCUAACUCUGUCCAGAGAUUUAAUUCUAUACCGGGUUAACUUCAUUGACUGAACCAUUGCUAUUCGAUAUGAAACUACGUUAGCAGUUUAACAAAGAAAAUAAGAAGCUUUUGUUGAAAGUAAAGACUCUCAACUAGUUGCAAAAUGAAGUAGCUAUAGCUACAUUUUAAAAUGCUUUCAUAAUGUUUUAAACGUUUGCCCAUAUAAUUGACUCAAGUCUAAGUAGUUAAAUUUGGUCUAAUUUCAAUAUCAUGCAAUUCAACGAUCAUAUUCAUCAGGAGGGGAAGACUUCAGCGAAAUUUCAACAUUCUAACUAGUUAAUAUGUCAUGUAUGUUAUGUUGGUAAUUAAUAACGAAUAGUAAUUUUUAUGGUAAGUCAUUUUAUAGCAAUGAUUUACAAAUAAUGAUUUAUGGAGCCUGUCUAUUACUUAAGUUGUUAUGCCUAUUGAAUCAUAGUUAUGGAAGUUCAAUUACUGAUUAUUCCCGUAUAUAAGUGUGAAUGUGAUUUUGUAAUUGGAUUAAACACAAUUGAUCGUGACAUAUCAAAGACAUUAAUUAUUGUUUAAAGUCUAUUUAUCUGUUUUUAAAUUCAUAUUGAAUUGAUUAUUAUAUGUGAUACAAGAGAAGCACCAAUCUUGAAUAUGUAGAGGAUUAGGACGCCUCAAACUCAAUUAAAUAUACUCGUUUUGUUAUAUGAUAAAUUUGUAUUGUGAUUAAUAAACAAAGAUAAAAAGUAAACUAUAU